CCGACACACUAUCAAUCACAUCAAUCACAUCAGAUCGAUACCCUAUCCACACACGCGGUGUGCACUCCUUCCCACGCCACUCCACGCGACUCGACGCGACAUCAAAUGCAGCCAGCCAGCCACUGUGAGAGAGAGUGAGUGAAUGAAUUAGUCAGUCAGUCAGUCAGUCAGUGAGUCAGUACACGCAGGCGCUUGGCCGCUCUUCACACAUCCUGUACAGCUCUUCCUCCUCCCUCUGCGCCACCUGCCCCUCAGUGAGACACUCAAACAGCCCCACCCCCUCCGCCCACCCGUCCCCCCAACACACGUACUCGUCUCUGUCCAGCACACGCCCCCCCAGCAUCCUCCCCUUGGCACCCUCGAUGGCCUUGAACUUGCCAAACGCCCAGCAGACGGCCUGGGAGGGGCCUUCAAGGAUAUACCCAGCAACACACGAAAACUCCACCCGCUCCCCCCAGCCGGUGAGAAAGACGGUGCCGUUGGUCUUGCUCUCCCUGCCCACCGUGACACGGCCGAAUGGCGGCACCGUGGCCUGGCAGUCGACUGAGCACGGACACCGCCAGUCUACCUCAGAAUGAUCGGUGAUGUCGUCAAAUCGGCGCAGGGGCACUUCUGCGUCUUCGGGGCUCGUGAGGUCAGGUGAGGGCAGGUUGAGCGAGGGGAACUUGAAGGCCCCGUACUUGGUGAAGAGGCCGAAGUGGUCCUCCGAAUACGACCCCCCGUUCAUCUCGUACUUGAUGUCCUCAUCAAACGCCUCGAACAGAUACAUGCUCGUCUUGACGUUUGGACGCAGGGGAGUGCCGCGGGCCACCGAUGCAUCAGACCGCCUCACCAUCUGCUCGAGGUACGCCUGCGCCACAGGGAGGGUGGCGUCCUUGGCGGCGCCCGUGGGCCAGCCGGUUUCGCCGAUAAUGAGAUCCACCGACCAGUUGCCGAGGCGGUGCAGAUAGACUUGCAGGUCGAAUAGCUCAUCGAAGUGAUGGAAGUAGAGGCACUCGGGCAGGCCGGUGGCAGGGUCGGUGCGGAAGUAGGCCGUGCAGUUGACGGCCCCGUUGCCCCACGCGUAGGUGCGGGCAUCUUCUGGUUGGCCGUAUACGGCAUAGCUGAGCGGGUAGUACUUGCGGUCAGCAAACCUGAGUGAGCGAGCGAGAGGACAGGCGAAAUGAGAUGAGCACAUGACAUCAUUGACACGGCCGCUCUGUUGUGCCCUGCCCUCCCUCCCUCACUCAGCUCUCAGCUCACCAUGGGUAGAUGUUGAAGCACCACUUUGACUCCUCCCUCUGGAUGAUGUCCAGGAUGGGCCUGAGGGUCGUGUUGUAGUAGGUGUCCCAGAUCGUGUUGUCCAGUAUCGACGCACUAAAUGGCACCGUCGGCUUGGCCGGCAGCCGGUAGCGCCCCCGCCCUCUCCUGGCAGACCUCUCCCCUGUGUCACGCAGAGCCUCAGCCACAUUCCUGAACGCUGGCGCGAGGAAGGGCCCGUUGAGCUCUGCGUGAUAUGGCAGCAGCGGCUCGUUGCCAACCGCCACAUACUCUAUCAGUUCGCCAUAGGGCUCCAGCGACUUGACCAUCUCGUAUGCAGAUCCCCGCUCGCCCCGCCGACCAUACGCGAAGGCCUCCAGCUUGUCGUUCUCAUUCGACACGAGCAUGCGGACGUUGCAGCCGAAGACCACGACCACGGUGUCGAGGCGGACGAAGUCGAUUUCGAAGAAUUUGAUCUUACGAAUGCCCGCCAACCGGAGCACCUCCAUGGCCUGCCAGAGGGAGAGCGGGUUGGACGUGAAGCUGUCGCUGAAGUUGAUGCCCACCCAGGCAAGGCAUGUCAUCGGGAUGAGGACGAGAAGCAGAAGGGAUUGAAGAAACAUGGCCGAUGCCAAAAGAGCUGCUGAGAUCCUAGUAGAACUUACAUCUGUUCUGGAAAUACGGC